AUGUCCAGCUGCAAAGGGGGUAAGAAGAAGCCCAAGAAGCAGGCCAAGGAGAUGGAUGAGGAAGAUAAGGCAUUCAAGCAGAAACAGAAAGAGGAGCAGAAGAAACUCGGGGAGUUAAAAGCGAAGGCCUCAGGGAAGGGCCCCCAGGUCACAGGUGGAAUUAAGAAAUCUGGCAAAAAGUAA